GAGUCUCUCUCAACGGUUUGUGUCUUCUUUUUUGGCCACACAACAAAAUUAAACAAAUAAAAAACCAGAGAGAAAGAGAAACAGAGAGUUUUCUAGAGAGAGAAAGAGAGAUUGGUGGGAAGAUGGAGAGCAAAGCGGAGGUGAUGGUGCUGGAAAACGAAGCUCAAACUGAGAGUGGAGGAGGAGCCAUGGAUGAACUCAUUUCUGUGGAGCUUCCUGCACCACCUACUUGGAAGAAACUGUUCAUACCAAAGAAGGCAGGUACACCAAGAAAGAGCGAGAUUGUAUUCAUUGCUCCAACUGGUGAAGAAUUCAGCAACAGAAAACUGCUGGAGCAGUACUUGAAAUCCCAUCCUGGUAGUCCUGCAGUAUCGGAGUUUGAUUGGAGCACUGGCGAGACACCUAGAAGAUCAGCAAGAAUUAGCGAGAAGGUCAAGGCAACUCCGCCCAAAGAGGAGCCUCCAAGGAAACGGAGCCGAAAAUCUUCUGGUUCUAAAAAGGAUAACAAGGAGGAAGCUGAUGCAGCUCCAAAGGUUCCUGAAGAAAUUGAAAUGAAAGAUGCAGAGGGGAAUGAGGAGAUUCCUGUUGUUGAGGAAGACAAAGACGUUUAUAAUGAUCGUCAGGCUGAAAAUGGAGAUAAUCUGAAAGAUGAACAGAAGGGAAUCGAAAAAGUGGAUGCUGAUCCAGAAAUAAGCAGUAAAGAUAAGAUGGGCAGCGAUGCUGGUGAAACUGAAAAUGGUCAAACAGAAGCAAAGGCAGCUACUGAGGAAAAUGUUCCUGAGGUGAAAGAAGGUGAAAAGCAAGAUCUCAAGGAAAGUUCAGAUUUAGAUGUUAACUUGGGAACUGUCGGUAACGAUGAAACAUAUAAGAAUGGUGGCAAAACUAACGGUCAAGAUACCAUUCAAGAGAAAACUGAAGGUCUGGAAGAAGUUGAAAAGCAGGGAAAUGAGGUAGCAGAAAUAGUCACACCUACUGAAGAAACUGUUGCUAGUGAGGUGAACCAAAUUGAAAAAGCAGUAGCGCAAACUGAGAUCGAGCAAGUAAACGACUCUCCCGACAAGAAAGAAAAUUACUCUCUGGACAAGAAAGAAAACGACCCUGGCACUGUUGUCAUCCAACAAGCAAACGGAGUUGUGGAGGAAGAGAAACAGAGUGAUCAGAAUGAAACAGUAGCCGCUGCACCAGAUGCCGAGGCUGAGGGUAAUCAAGAUGUUUCAACAAAUGGUGCAUUAGUUCAGGCCGAGGACAGAAGUAAGGGUAAUCAAGAUGUUUCAACAAAUGGUGCAAAGUGUAAUGUUCAGGCCGAGGACAGAAGUAUCGAACACGAUAACUUGGUGAAAGAAAAUGGCAAGCUUUAACUAGGACAGACCAAUGGAUCGAUGCAGCGCAUAUAUCACAACCGUCUGCUGACUGCUGUAUUAUGCCUACUUCCCAUCACCUUUUGGUAGUCUCGACACCCGAUCUUUGUUUCUGCAACUGUUUACGCUCUUCCACGGUGACGAUAGCUUUAGUUUACCAAUGUAUUUACUGAAAAAGAGAACUUGUAGUAGUCAGGUUAGAUUUUAGACUCUGUAGCUUUUGUUGUUUUUGGUUACCAGACUUCUUUUGACUGUAGAAUGUUAAACGUUAAUCAACCUUCUAAUUUAACAUUGGGUGAAAGAUGUUUUUCCUGUUUAAA